ACGAGGACUGAACCCCCCACACAGAGUGAAGUCCAUCUCGAUGACCACAUUCACGCAGCAGGAAAUUGACCUCCUACAGAAACACGGAAACGAGGUCUGUAAACACAUCUGGUUGGGCCUCUAUGAUGACAGGACAUCAGUUGUUCCAGAUUUCCGAGAGCCACAGAAAGUUAAAGAGUUUCUUCAAGAAAAAUAUGAGAAGAAAAGAUGGUAUGUCCCUCCAGACCAGGUGAGGGCAGUAGCGAGUGUUCAGGCCUCCGUCUCUGGUUCCUCAGCGAGCAGCACUGGUAGUACCCCGGAGGUCCAUCCCCUGAAAACCCUGCAGCUCAGCAAGACGCCGCCGCGCCGGUCUCCAGGACUGGGUCGCCCCCAGGCUCAUGCUGCCGUCCAGGAAAAGACACUCGACUUGCUCUCGGACCUGGGUGGAGACAUCUUCGCUGCUCCGUCAACUCAAAGUGCAGGCUCUUCCAACUUUGCCAAUUUUGCACAUUUUCCGAGCCAGACGGCUCCUCCGGCUAACCCAAACACCAACUUUGCCAACUUUGAAGCUUUUGGAAACUCAACCAUUCCAUCCCAUCUGAGCACAUCACCUCCCCUUUCACCAGGGGGCGGAGUUACUGUUCCGUCCAUGGCCGGUGCCGUGGCUGCACGCUCCCAGACAGGAAGGUGCACAGAGGACCGCUACGCCGCGCUGGCCGAGUUGGACAGUGAGCUCAGCUCGUCUGUGUCCACGGGCAGCAGCGUCCAGGGGACACUGUUUGGACCCGUGCUCGGUUCGUCCCCAGCUCAGAACCCGUCGGUGUUGGCCGGCAUGCAGCCUGGAUUUGGAGCCGUGCCGUCCACCAACCCCUUUGUGGCUGCGGCGGUAGUUCCAGACAUGGCCACCAACCCCUUCCAGACCAACGGCAGAGCGCCACCUGCAGCCUCUUUUGGUACUGGCUCUAUGAGCAUGCCCGCCGGCUUUGGGAAUGCCUCUUCCUUCUGCCUCCCGACUAGUUUCAGCGGAAACUUCCAGCAUCAGCUUCCCGGCCCGGUCCCCGUCCCUUACUCUCAGCUGGGGGCCUACCACCCUCAGUCUAAUGGCCCAGCGUUCCCAGUCUAUGGUCAGAACAAGCCCUUUGGGCAGCCCGUGGUGGUCCCUGGCACGUCCAGUAACCCGUUCAUGGCAGGAGCGCCAGCUGGCUCGUUCCCUUCAGGAAGUUCAUCCACCAACCCCUUCCUGUAGCGCAGCCCGUGGCCUCUGCCACCAGAGGGCAGCGUGCGUCAGGCCUUCAGCACACGGCUUCACAUUUCAUGCAGAACUUUCUGUGGAGGGGCAGUGGUGCACUGUUACAUGAUCUGUUCUGUGUGCUCUCACUCCUCCCGCCUGUCAUGUAUCACCCAAUCACACGAUGUCUGUCAAGGACCGAGCUCCCAGAACAGGAAUAUUCAUAUUUCCAUCCUAAUCCACGGUGGAUUACGCCGGCGUUUUAAAAGACAUCACGUUGUUUUAUUAGACACGUAUUAUUUACCCUGAUUGACGCUAUAACUGUACACUACCGGAGCUUCGGCUCUGACCCAAGGCUGCCGGACCUCUACACCAGCUUUGGCGGGUCGGAUUAGAGCUGAAUUUUGAGCCGCUGUUGUUUUUAGUGUAACGAGUAAAGGGAAGGUGUCGGCGCUCCGUUAAGCCCGCUGCUGACAAAGACGGGGACGACCGCAGGUCCAGCUUCACCGUCCUCCCGUAGAGGCUUUCAGAAGACCGUAGAGAAGUUCUGUCUGUGUCCAGAUCAUGUGAGGGACGAGAACGGGAUGGACCCACGGUUCUGGAGGACUCAAACGUGCCACCCUGGACCAAGCACAAGCUUCCCGUUUUUACAGGAAUACCCAAGUCUGUACAAAUAUAAAUAUAUGUAUAAAUAAAGGAUUUUUAAGUA